AUGGGCCACAGCAACAAACUCCCCAGAGACCAGAUCCCCAGGGGCCACCGCAACCAACUCCCCAGAGACCAGAUCCCCAGGGGCCACAACAGACUCCCCAGAAUUUUGAUCCCCAGGGGUCCACAGCAGCAAAAUCUCCUGAGUCAUGAACAUAAUGGGCCACAGCAACAAACUCCCCAGAGACCAGAUCCCCAGGGGCCACAACAGACUCCCCAGAAUUUUUAUCCCCAGGGUCCACAACAGCAAAAUCCCCUGAGUCAUGAACAUAAUGGGCCACAGCAACAAACUCCAGAGAGACCAGAUCCCCAGGAGCCUCAGCAACAAACUCCCCAGAGGCCAGAUCCCCAGGAGCCUCAGCAACAAACUCCCCAGAGACCAGAUCCCCAGGAGCCUCAGCAACAAACUCCCCAGAGACCAGAUCCCCAGGAGCCUCAGCAACAAACUCCCCAGAGACCAGAUCCCCAGGAGCCUCAGCAACAAACUCCCCAGAGACCAGAUCCCCAGGAGCCUCAGCAACAAACUCCCCAGAGACCAGAUACACAGGAGCCUCAGCAACAAACUCCCCAGAGACCAGAUCCCCAGGGGCCUCAGCAACAAACUCCCCAGAGACCAAAAUUCCAAGGUCAACAAGAGCAAAUUCACCAACCAGCAGUAACUAAAUCUCCAGAUCAGCAAUGCCAAGUACAGGCUGAGGAUAUUUUGCAAUGUGGGUCUCCUAAAAUUAAUCGGGCUCAAUGUAAGGCUAUAAAUUGCUGCUACAAUGGACAGCAGUGCUAUUAUGGGAAAGCAGUGACUGUGCAGUGUACCAAGGAUGCUCAGUUUGUCUUAGUGGUGUCCAGGGAAGCCACUUGGCCCAAAAUAAACAUUGAUUCCAUCAGUCUUUUGGGGGAAAAUGACAGCCCUUGUAUUCCUGUUGGCAUCACUUCAGCCUUCGCCAUAUACCAGUUCCCUGUUACUGCCUGUGGUACCACACUGAAGGAGGAAAGUGGUUAUGUGGUUUAUGAGAACAGGAUGGUGUCUUCCUUCGAAGUUGUGAUGGGACCUCAAGGCUCCAUCACAAGGGACAGCCAUUUUGAACUGCUGUUCCAGUGUAAGUACUCUGCCACCACAGUGGAGGCUGUCGUUGUAAAGAUGAACUCUGUUCCUGCUCCGGUUUCGGUAGCAGCUCUGGGACCCCUCAGGGUGGAACUCAGACUGGCCAAAGGGCCAUGUAAAAAUAAAGGAUGUAAGAACGAGUCCAGAGCAUUCACAUCAUAUUACACUCAGGAAGAGUUCCCUGUGGUUAAAGUCCUGAGGCAGCCUGUAUAUGUUGAGGUUCGUAUCCUGGAGAGGAAGGAUCCCAACCUUGUCCUGAUGCUGGAUUACUGCUGGGCCACCUCUUCCCCCAGCCCUGUCAGCAUGCCCCAAUGGGAACUCCUCAUUGAAGAAUGUCCCUAUCCAGUUGAUAGAUACCUGACCACCAUGAUCCCUGUGGAACCCUCUUCUGGUCUUCUGUACCCCACCCACCACAAACGCUUCAUCCUUGAGAUGUUUACAUUUGUGGAUCACACUCUGGCACCCCAGAAAGAUUUGAUCUUCAUUCACUGUAGCACAUCUGUGUGCCACCGUACUCCAGGGAACUCCUGUCAACAGAAAUGCAACAGGCAAAGGAGGGAUGUUGCUGUUGCCCAAAGGAUGUCCAGACAGACUACUGUGGUCUCCAGUGGAGAAGUGGUCUUGGUUGACCAGAUUCCUGCCACUACCUACACUUUAGACCUGUGA